AAACAAAAAAAAACAAAAACUAUAAUCUUGAUUCACCGAGCAAAGAAACUCUCUGCAGACCAGAGCUGAAGUAAUUCGUCCAUUUAAGGUUCCAGCCUUUCGGUGAAUGGGGGAAAUUCUUUCGGAAAUUAUUUUGCGUUUAUCUGGUAGUAAAAUAACACACGGAGGCAGAAACACGAAUGGUUGCUGCUGCACUAAACGUGUCCGAAGUAGGCGGAACCAUUCUGGCUUGUAGGGGUGUUUUCGUGAUUUCUCCAAGUCGAGUGCGGUGUUUAACACAAAGAUUUCAGUGUUGAAAGCUUAAAGUUGUUGCUUCCGAGGUAAACAUGCAGUGAAUUUAAAGGCGGAACUGUUUGAUGACGCCACUCUAACAUAUGUCUUUAACAACAGCUGUUCCUCCCCCAAGGCUCUAUCAUACAGUCUAUGGUCACGUCAAUCCUUCCGCGGUUUUGAUUGGCUGAACUGUCGGCGGGAAGUUCCGAUAAAGAGCCAUGUUUUUGUUUUAAAGCCUCUGUCAGCUGCAUCAGCCGCGCACGUUUGACAACAUUUAUCCAUUAGGCAGCUCACAAAACUCCCGGUAACGUUUUAUUUUCUGCUCGGUGGAAUAAUGCAGGUCAUCGUGUCAGUUUUAUUCGGCGUUUUGUCGACUGUCAUCGCCGGAAAAUGUGGAGCUGCUCAAACGACGGAGCUUAUCGAAGCACAAGAAGGUGAUAAAGUUACUCUUGAGUGUUGCACCGAUCCCCCGACCGACUUGAAGAAUUAUACACUGACCUGUACGAGGACUGAUGGCAACUUCAGUGGUUCCAACCAAUAUGUCUACUCCCGUCGACAUGGAGUGGAAAAUCCACAACCACAGAUGGAGCAAUACAAAAACCGAACACAUCUGGUCCUUGAAAACCUGAGAGAAGGGGUCCUGAGUCUAGAGAUCUCCCCAGUACAGACCAGUGACGGUGGACAGUACAAAUGUUUUAUAGUAACGCUGAAGAUCCCCUGCCAUUAUACUGUUACAGUAAAUGGUAAACGGAAUUGGACAGAGGUUCUUGUCAUGACGACAGCUUCAGUGGAAGUAACAACAAAUCCAGAUGAAGGACCAAAGAAACCUCCUGGGUGGAUCAUUGCCAUUGUCAUCGCUGCUGCUGCUGUUCUCGUGGUUGUUGCCAUCAGAGUUCUGUGGAAACUCAAAAACAUGAGACUCUGUGAGAAGCUCAGAGGAAGGAGGGAUGAAGAAGUUCCCUGGGAAAUGGAAAAUCUGAGGACCAAAGCAGCAGAAAGUGAUGAAAACGUCACUGGUGCAGCAAACGGCCAAAGAAACCUCCAGCAAUGAAGUGAUGAAUGAAAGGAUGAUCAUCAUGAUCACAACUGUCCUGGAUCUACAAACACAACAACAAACAUGUUUCUAAACAUGGAAACACAGUUUUAGUUAGAAAGACAAACGCUGUCUAGAAAACCUGCAGCUCAAAUCCUCCAUCUUCUGAGCGGAUGUCCAAAGUAUUUUAAAUCACAGUUUUAUGUAAGCAAACAGAAUAAUUUUAAAACCAACACUUUUAGUCUACAUGGCAUCAGUCAGCCUCUAGCCUUAAAUUAUGGGCUGUUCAGCUCCACAGUAAAACCAUCAGACAUUUGCAGUUCCUUCAAAAUGCUGCUGCUAGAAUUCUGACAAACACCAAGAAGGAAACGCAGCACAGUCAUUUUUAGAUCCCUGCACUGACUUUCAGUCAGUUAUGGCAGAAAUGUAAUCAAUCAUGUGCCAUUCCAUUCAGCGUAGGCGAUCAUUUCUCUCAUCUAAUCCCAUCUUUUGCUUUCUGAAUUGUGACUGUUGAUCGUUCCAUGUGUCGCCAUGAUCUCAGUCCUUCUAUCAUUUUCAUUCUGUCUGCCUCGUCCUCUCUUCCCAGUAGUUUUUCUAGUUGUGACGAUAUAUUCCAGUGAAAUUGAAGGCCUUACUUAUUCUGUAAAUCUCUCAGCUGGUCUGGGCCCAAGUUAUGUCACAGAUACGUUUACUGAUACUAACCUGGUAGGACUAGACAGCUGGUGACGUCCAGAACUGAAUAUCAAAUAACACUAAUAUAUUGAAUUGAAACUGUUAUUUAUCACUGUAUAUUUAUAGAGUUAGAGUUUUUUUUAAUGAUUUAAGUCUUGUUAAUAUAUAUAAUUAAUGUUGUGCAUGUUUGGUUGUUAUUAUUUAUUUGUCUUUCUAAUGAAGUCAUUUCACUGGAACAAAAUGUUUUUUGUUGUGCUCUUUUCUGUCUUUUCAAAUAAAAACACUUCAAGUGA